AAGAAAGAGAAAAGGCAUUCCAAUUUUCUUUAUCAAGAACAAUAUCAAUUUCAAAUUAAAAAAAAAUAAAAGCCAGUUAUUUUUAAUCAGCAGAGAGAGCAAGCAACGGGAAGAACCAAAGAUGCCGAAGAACAAAGGAAAGGGAGGAAAGAAUAGAAAGAGGGGAAAGAACGAAGCCGAUGACGAGAAACGAGAGCUAAUCUUCAAAGAAGACGGGCAAGAAUACGCUCAAGUCAUCCGCAUGUUGGGCAACGGCCGAUGCGAAGCUACGUGCAUUGACGGGACCAAGCGGCUCUGCCACAUCCGCGGCAAGAUGCACAAGAAGGUCUGGAUCGCCACCGGCGACAUCAUCCUCGUCGGACUCAGGGAUUAUCAAGAUGACAAGGCUGACGUCAUCUUGAAAUACAUGCCCGAUGAAGCUAGGCUUUUGAAGGCUUAUGGAGAGCUUCCUGAGAAUACGCGGUUGAAUGAAGGGAUUGCCGGUGGGAUUGAUGAGGAAGAUGAUGGCGUGGCCGAUGAUUAUAUUGAAUUUGAGGAUGAGGACAUAGAUAAGAUCUAAAGUUGCUCUUUUUUUUUUUGUUACAUUUUUAAUGGUAUUUUUAAAUUUUAUUUAAAGAUAUGGUGAUGCUGUUUGUUACUAUUUGAGAUUUGGGAUGCUUAAUUGUUAUAGUUUAUUAAGUAUUAUGGAUGCUCAAUUUAUCCUAUAACAAUACGUUUACCUUUAA